AUGAAAGCAGGCCUUUUACGUUUGCUUUGGCUUCUGGCGUGCGGCUUCGCCCAAGUACCAUCUCACGAAGUCACUGUGACUUACCGUGGAACUCACCCACAGGUGGGGUGCAGUGAAAGGAGUUGGGGGAGAAACGGUGGCUCAACCACUCAACCUCAAGUCAACUUAAACUUUCAAGAAUGGCAGAGGCCAGAACAAAUGGAGUGGCAAGAAACUCCUCAACUUUUGUCCCUAUUUCAGCUUCACCCCACCAAAAUUAGCACAGAUGAUAUGGAUGUGGAGGAUCAUGAAUCGGAGGUUUCAAGUUCACCAGACGCAACAAAGCAUGGCAGACUUCAUUUUGAAACCUCCACGGCUAAUGUGGAGCAGGAGGCAUCACAUAACCCAAGCACUGAGUUAUCACUUUCGGUGGGAACUGCCCAAAUCGAUCUUUCCCUGAAGAACUUCCAAAAACCAUUGGAAGACCAACACACAUUGGCAGCUCCACGGGGUAUAUACCUGCCAUCUGACACGGACCUCCUCAAAAAACUUGGGCUCACUCAAAUUGUUGCUUCUGCUCCGACCGCUUUGGAAGGGAGACAUUGGAAGCACAACCAACAUCGGCAGUCAACAAGAUAA